CUGGGUGGCUCUGAGCUGAAGCAGAGGCUGUGAAGUAGGGAGUGGCGCUGCAGUUUCUUCGCCUUGCCCCCGCCGCCCUCCAUCGGGAGGGUCGUUUUGCCGCUUUGACGACGUAGCUCCUAACUCCUAACUCCGAUCCGGAUUCAUCUUCCCUGUAAGGGACACGGGGAAGGGAGCCUUUCCCAUGCGGCUGUCGAUCAUGUCUCACAACUAUCUCCUAGCGCCAAUCCAGGAGUGUCCCUCUGACUACCUCGUCAAGGACGUGAAGCUGGCGGUGCUGGGGACAGGGAGCGUGGGCAAAAGCGCUAUGAUUGUACGGUACUUAACAAGGAGGUUUAUUGGAGACUAUGAACCCAACACUGGGAACCUCUAUUCAAGACUUGUUCACGUGGAAGGUGACCAGAUUCUCUUGCAAAUCCAAGAUACCCCAGGAUGUAUUGAGGUGCAAGACGAUGUUGCACAGAUGUUGGAUUCACUUUCCAGGUGUCUGAAGUGGGCAGAUGGUUUUCUCUUAGUCUAUUCUAUUACAGACUACCGUAGUUACCAGUCCAUUCGUCCCCUUUAUCAACACAUCCGGAGGAUCCGUCCAGACUCUAAAAUCCCUGUUGUCAUUGUAGGCAACAAAGGAGACUUGACUCAUUCCAGACAAGUAGCAGUAAAUGAUGGCCUACAGUUGGCCAAUGAACUGGGCAGUGUAUUCCUAGAAAUCUCCACUAGCGAUAACUUCCAAGGUGUAUGUGAUGUGUUUCAGUAUCUUUGCAAAGAAGUUAGUAAAUUGCACAGCUGUGGUAGUGGAGACAAAAGGAGAUCAUCCAUCAUUCCCCGACCCAAAUCGCCUAACAUGCAAGAUCUCAAACGACGUUUUAAGCAGGCUUUAUCGUACAAAGUCAAGUGAACCACCUCAAGAUCAGCUCUGUUGAACAGACUGUUUUAUAAAGUAUUUAUAAGAAGAAUUUAUUUUUGUAAUGAUGCUGUUUGUGCAUUUGAAAGUAUGCAGCUUUCUUGCAUUACUUUUGUAUUCAUUGACUCCUUUCCCCCAAAUGCUAGAUUGCAACAGAAUAAAGUUUAGGAACAGAUUGAGCCAAAAUGCCUAUUCUUAUGUUUGAUAGUGACUUGGUGUUUGAUAUAGGGCAAGUGAAGUCAACUUUGUCAAAUUUCAUUACUUUAAAAUUGUCUUAAAUGUGUUCCAGUUUAACUGUAUGAUAGAUAAGGCUGCUCAUUUCUCUUAGAGCCUACUCAAAAAAUACAUUCAAAUCUCUCCCCCCGCCCUUAGAAAUAGAACUUACUUAUAGGCUGCCAGUUCCUCUUGUAUGCAAAUAUGGGGAAAGAAUUGCAAUACAACUAAUUUAGUAAAAUUCUGUGAGAUCCUAUGAGUUUUUAAUAUAAUUGCAAAAUUAAACUAUUAAAAUGAAGUAAUUAAAUACUUCUUUCUUAUGCCUUGUUCCCCCACCUAAAUAAAAAUGCUUCCCAGAAACUCUUGUUGCUUUGGCAUAUCAGAAUCAGGCCCAGAUGUAGGCCAGGAUCCAUAGAACUAUACAAGUAAGUCAAUUAGCCAAAGGAGCCUUUCAAAUCAGUUUGCAAUAUGGCUGAGGGCAUUUGCUGUACCAAGGGGAAGACACGUCAGAAAUCCAAAGCAAUACUUUAAGUUACAAUACCUAUGUAGCCCUGCUUGAGACUAGGCCCAGUGGGACUUAGAAGUAAACAUGGCUAAGACUGGGUUGUGAUUGUGAGUCACUGACCUAUGAUGCACGUUAUUGGGAGGUAAUCAUUUC